CGAUUCUCGGCUAACCAAAAAUUUAAGAGAUCUAUAAAAUUUCCCCAAAAUAAAAUUAAUUUUAGAGAGAGAAAGUAUUAAAGGAGUAAGAAUCUCGUGCUCUUUGCUCAGAACUUUCAUCUUUUUUGCACAUACUCUGAUUGAUUUGCUAGGGUUUUGAAUUAGGGUUUUUCGACGAAGCAGUUUGUGAGUGGUUAAAUCAUUUAAUUAAACAAUGAACGAUCAGUCUCAAAUGAUGAAUCAGCAUCAGAUGAUGAAUCAAUCGCAAAUGGUGAAUCAGCAGAUGCCGCCACCGCCGCAGAAUCAAGCUCAGAUGGUUAGUCAGGCUCAAAUGGCGGCGAACCAGCCGAAUAUGAUGGUUAGUCAAGCUCAAAUGGCGGCGAAUCAGCCGAGUAUGAUGGCGAGUCAAGCUCAAAUGGCGGCGAAUCAGCCGAGUAUGAUGGUUGGUCAGAACUACGGUCAGUGGUCAUUGCCUCCGCCUCAAAUGAAUGCUAUGAAAUUUGCGAAUCCUAUGAAUCAAAUGUAUGCUGGAAUUGCGAAACCUGGACGUAGUAUUAAUAACAAUAAUAAUAACAAUAAUUGGAAGGGAAAGAAACCUAUGGAUAAGAGGAAAGAUGGUAGGAGGAAGGAUAAUAACAAGCCAUUGCCUGGUGGCGGUGGCGGUAUUGGUGGUGUGCCUUCGAUAGGGCCUGGUGGCGGUCUGAGCUAUCAGCCGCCGACGCUUUAUGAACUUGAACAGCAGAAUAGACUUAAGGCUAGGAGGUUUUACCACCCUAAGAAGAAGUUUAAUAGGAUGGGACCUUAUGCUCAUGCUCCGAGGAAUACUACUUCGUAUAUAAUUCGAGCUAAGAAGUCUGGUGGGAUUGCUUCGUUGGUUUCUCCUUGCCCUGUGACACCUGCGGUGUUGCCUACACCUGUGUUCUCGCCCUCGAGGGAGGCUUUGGUUGAUAUGGCUAAGGAGGAGUGGGGGGUUGAUGGGUAUGGGUCGAUGAAGGGUUUGAUUAGGCUUAGGUCUCCUGGACAUGAUGAGGCAGUUGAUGAUUAUGAUGAAGAGGAUGAUGGGGGGUCGAGUGAGAGUGAUGUUGAGGAGCAUGUGGAGGUAGAGAGGAGGUUGGACCAUGAUUUGAGUAGGUUUGAGAUGAUAUACCCGAACAGCGGUGCUGAUUACCAUAAUGUGCUGGAGAAUAGAGUUGAUGAUCAGGAUACCCAUAUCGCGCAACUGGAGGAAGAGAAUUUGAUUCUUAAGGAGAGGCUGUACUUGAUGGAGAGGGAGCUUGGAGAGCUGAGGAGGAGGUUGUUGUGUCUUGAGAGGCAGAAUCAAGUUGUGGAGGAUAUAAAUGAAGAAGUUGUGGAAAAUGUCUCUGAAAACGAUAGUGAAGGACUAAGAAAUCUUCCUUUUGUUGUUAAUAAGCACAAUGAGGAGGUUGAUUCUUUGCCAGGAAAUAGGGUUAUAGAUAGUGAGGCAAGGAGGGAAGACAGUGGUGAAACGCUGCACAAGGAACUCAAGGAGCUUGCUGUGAAAGAGGUCUAUGAUGAUGAAGUCGUGAGAAGUCAUGGAACUGGUGUUGGAUUGGAGGAGUAUAUGCAGGAUAAUGGAUUAACUAAUGAUGGGCUCGGGUAUAGGUUGAUGGUAGACAAUCGGGUUGAACAGCAUAAUGAAGAGCUGCCUAGUGACUUAGGAAAAGGAUCGAUUGAACACAUAGAGCCUGAGAAUAAUAAGGAUAUAAUUAGCUCAUCUGUUGGAAAUGAAGAGGACAACAUUAAUGUUGCUGUGAAAAAACCUGUUGGAGAUGCCUACAUGGGAGAAACUUUGGCAGAGAGAGAUGUGAAGGACAGAACUGAGGUCAACUUGAAGCAAGAUGAGGCUGUGGCAGGUGGAACAGAGGCGGUAGGGAGCGAUUUUGUGAUGAUUAAUGAACCUGUUGAAGAUGUCUGCAUGGGUGAUGCUUUAGUGACAGACAGGGAAGUCAAGAAUGUUGAAACUACUGAUUGAAGGUUGUGGAGUUGAAAGCUUAGAGAAGAGCAUUGGCGACGGUGACUAUUCAAGUUGUCCCGCGUGAAUGUAAGUUCUCUGAUUAGAACUACCAAUUGCAGGAAGAAGAAAAAGUUUUAACUCCUGUACAUAGUACUUUGAUCUCUGGAUAUUUUGUGUUAUUUGGUUUUUUUUUUUUUUUUUUUUUUUUGGGCGUUUGUAGGGAUGUUCUAGGAGUCCAGUUUAAAAUGCAUAUGACUAGAUUAAUAUUAAUUUCGGUUGACGUUGUGUCAGUGGGUAAAUAGUUAGGUCGGAAGGAGGGGAAGUUGUAACCUUCCAUUUAAAAAUGGUUGUAAGUCAUGUACCAGCCUUUCUCGGCUUAAUGCCAUUAAAACCUUGGUGUCUGAUAUAGUCUUUUUUAUUGAAUUAUGUAUGUUUUUAAGAUACUCUUCAACUUACCAUUGGAGAGCAAACUCAUUCUGUAAGUUUAAUAAUUCUCAAGGUGGUUUAUGUUUUAAUUCUACUGAAUAGCCGAUUGUAUAUUAAUCUUGUUCCAUGGCUAGCUGAACAUUGGCCACAAGUGGGUAUAUGGCAGAUUGCUGACAAAGAUGACGAUGAAGAUCAUCUAGUAAGGUUCAGCCCUUUGAUCUAUUAUACAUUAAUAUUAAGUGGCUCUCUGCAGGUUUUACAGGCAAGAUCUGUAAAGCUGUUUAAGAGAUGAACUUUCAUCGUAUGGAACUUGAUCAUAGGUCUGUAUGGUCUGGCUUUAUAACUCUUGAAUCUUGAUAAGUGUUUUCCUCUGUUUUACCUCAGUGAAAUCUUGUUGUCCAUCAUCUUUGUGGCAGAGGCUCUUUUUUGAGAUUUAAUUGUUACCCUUUUAAGGAUAGGAUGUAUUGUUUAUAUGAGUUGUUUUACAUUGACUGGUUUGUUUUUGUGUGAUUGGGUUGAUUGUAGCAUGAAAUCAUUCACAUUCUGGAUUAAGGUUGUGAUGUAUUGUUUAUACGAACUCUUUGUUUUACAUUGACCUGCCUUGUGUUUGUUUUUCUGUAAUUGGGUUGAUUAUAGCAUGAAAUCCAAUACAUUCUUAUUUAAGGUUGUUUUUUUCUAUAUUAAGUACAUCUCCCCGGAUUAGCUCGAGUCAUUUGGCUACCUACCUUGUCUUGGCUUUUGAACCCUAGUAGAUGACUCUUCUUAUUUGGCUUCCUUUCUUCCCUAUUUCACUUUAUUGUAUUUGGUACCUAAUUUUAGACCAAACAUUGUGUACCAUGCUCAUUCAGUCUUUUUGAGCAAUACUUUAGGGUCAGUGGUGCUGAUAGUGUGAUGUAACCGUGUAAGGUUGAUAGAAUACGGUUCAACAAUUGUUGCUCUUGCUAUCUAAAUGUUGUACAAGUAUUUGUGUCAUGUCUUUCAAUGCAUUGUUACAACAGAAGCAGACUACUAAUAUGUGAAUAGAUGUUGCAGACGAGUUGUUUAAUAGAUGCAAUCUUGAGAUGGUUACUCUUUCAAAUGAGCUCAGCUCCAGAAAUCAGGUUAUGGUUUUUGAUAUUAAGUUUGCAAUUGCUGAGAUAAAAGUGGGUAACACGAAUAUAUUCUUGUUCAGUUAUUGUGGGACUUACAGCAUGGAUGCUUAAUGUUAAGGUUCUAUUGCGCAACAAAAAGGCUCUAUGGCCUCUAUCGCAGAGCAGUUAGUCCUCUGCUACACUGUGGGAUCAGCACUUACAAAGUUGCAAGUAUAGUCGAUUAGUAGUCACUCAACUCAUGUGUAACGAGUUGAUCAGGUCAUUGUACAUUUGUUAUUCUUAUUCAUCUGUAAUAAACGAUAUCAUAAUACCAUUUAUGUGUAUACGAGCUUAUCUAAGUAUUAAA